CAGCAGACAGCAGCAGACCAGGCUGCCAUUCCUCAACCCACCAACGGAGCAACAUCUGACGUCCAUGAGGGUUCAUUAUACGUAGCCGUUAACUACUAUACGAAUUAUCUCCUGGGAGACGAUUAGUCAUGAAUGGAAAUCUGUUCCUGAUUGGUAUUGCUAUCCCUACACGUAAUAGAGCUGCUGACCAAUGCUACUUAAUAUAAAGGUGGUGGAAAAUAUCGGGGAAACCUGUGUUCAUAUGCAAGUGAAAGGACUCGUGCUCACGGCUACAUAGUUGCAUUCUCUAGUAGUCUAUAGAAAUGGAUUUACAUUUCAUUUUAAUAUCGUGCUUGAGUGUUUGUGGAUUGUGCUCGGCAUUAUUUUUAUUUAAAGACAAAGGGAAGCCACUUAUAUUUUGCUUCAAAAUAUGUCCUCUGUACUGUUCGAAACAUGCUACCAAGAGAUACGAUCAUGAUGAAUCUUUUCUAACUUAUCUACACGACAACCCGUAUGCGACCGGAGAAGUGUUCGCGAAAUACGAUUUCGCACAUUGGAAUUCAGAAAUGAAAUCGACCAAAGCAUCCAGUACAAGUACAACCACAAAAAAGCCCAAAUAUCUGGAUUACAACCCAUAUUUUAUUGACGAUGGUUCAGGUGAUUUUGACCACUUCCCACAUCAUUAUUACGCACACUGGAAUAAAAAAAUGGAGAAAUCGACUACCACGGAAGCGCCUAAAACGACAAUUGAACCACCCAUCUACCUAGAUCACAAUCCAUAUUUCGUCGACGUGCCUGAGAUUUACGACUUUCACCCCGCACCCCACUUUUGGAAACCGAAACCAACAACAACUACUACAACUACAACAACAACAGAAAAAACACCGAUUUAUUUAGACCACAAUCCAUACCUUAUCUGGCCCGAUUAUGAUUAUUAUCCAAGUCAUUAUGGGUGGAAGCCGAAACCCACUACCACUGCAGCUCCUACUACAACCGAAGAGCCUACUUUCAUUUGUCAGGUGUGCAAAGAAAAAUGUGGAGAUAAAUUUUCUUAAUAUUUUUGUGUCUUAAUCCUUAUAAUCUUUCGUAUGACUUGGUGGUUUAAAAUUGUCGUGAGUUCAAACCUCAGUUGCGCCGAAUAGAGCAGAGAAAAUCUUUCUCGUCAAAAAUGGAAAAAUAUGACUUAAAAUUCGGUAAGAAUCUUUAUCAUACACAGACGAGAGGUUAAUGUGUUAUUGUGUACUAGUAUAACAAUUAUUUGUAUCUCCUUGGAUUUCACGGGCCUAUAAAUCCCGGUCUUUUAAUAGGCUUGCGUGGAGAUAUAGAUCUGACCAGUUGAAGCCCUUUGGAGAGCUUUAAUGUCAUGACAACAGACACCUACGAACCGGUCGCAGCAGGCAAUGGGACAAUUGUACACAAAGUGAACAGUAUAACGGUCUAUGGAUUGAAGUUUGGGUUUACAAUGAGACUCGGAUAUAACAAUUGUUAUGAAGCACAGGAUAAAUCCAAGUUUUAUCCCUGUACUGGCUUUGCUUCAAUAUUGAUGUCGGCAACAGGUCUACAAUCGCAAAUGUACUUAUCCGUACUUACUCCAUUAGAGCGGGUAUUAUUUACUUUACUAAGAUUGUAUAAAUCUCCUCCAUAAAGGAAAAAAAAAAACAUAAAAGUAACUAACUAGAAAAUAUCUAAUAUUGACAAUAAAUACCUAGGAAUAUGUAUUUCUAGUUGACCGAAGCGUUAGCGGAGGUGUCCGUUUUAAUUCGGGCAUUUUGCUUUCGUAUUCGUCCAGACGUUCUCCUCUACAAGUCGCAAUUCUUAACCGAUUCUGGUGAAAUUUUGUGCACAGAUUCUAUGAAUACAUGUUUAUGUUGAUCCAGUUUUUAGAAAUUUUUCACAAUGCAGAUAUUGGCAUAAAGGACUUAAGCGAUAGUUGUACGGCGCUUAAGAUCAUUGUGAGUUCACUGUGAUGACGAAGGCUAAAGCUAUUCCAAAAUAACUGCUAUUGUAUGGCUAUAAAGUUGUAUAAUUCUAUUCCCGUUGGUAUAAGAACAUUGGAAGGAAAGGCUUUUGGGAAAAACCUGUACAGUUUACUGAUGGAACAUUGUUUUUAUGACAUUAGUGAAUCAAUACAACAUUUUAAAAUUCAUACUUUUUAGAUAAUUUAGUUUAGUAAUUUGACAUUGACACACAUUGACAUUUUUUUUCCCAAUAUUUUUCUGUACGGCUUCUUUUAUAUUUAUAAUUUAUUUUUGUGAUUAAUAUUUGAAUGCUGAAAUUCCAGCCGAACAUGUAAAGAACUGAAUUUGUAUACUAACAGCUUAUCAACUCGUGUUUUAUCAAAUAAAUGAUUAAAAAACGUAAAAAAAAACGACUCAACGAA